CGAUGGAGAGUCUUAUUAAAGGGUCCAGAAUCAGAAUUGAGAGAGGAGAGAGAGAGAGAUGGUUGAGUUAUCGCUGUAACUUGCGUUAAUGUUUGGCACAAGCACAGUAACCUGUUGUGAUUUUGCUGUGUUUAUUAAAUUAUUUAUUCAUACAUUGAAUACAGCCAGUUUCUUGAACCAUACAAUCCAGAAAAAGAUCUUUGACACCAUGUUAUUAACGAAUAUAUUAUUCAAAAAAGCAAAGAGCAAAUUAAUCAUGGUUAGUGCAAGAAGUGUGAUAUCUGAUCACAUGUUAAUACGUAUCCGAGAGAGGGUGGGUGAAAAGCUUGAAUUCAUAGCCUUUGAUCCUUACAUUCAACGCAAAGCGCUCUACAGGGAAGCAAAGAAAAUACGUAGCUUAAAGUAGCAUGUAAUCUAGUUUUUACUAUAGCAUAAGGAAAAUAUAAGAAAUGAAAACAAGAUGGAUUAAGAAUACUUACCCAGCUUGAAAUGUAGGACCACAUUUCUUUUAUCCCGUGUAAUAUACAGUCGAUAUGUCUCUGAACGCAGUGUCCAGUGAGUGAGUACUACACAAUUUAAAUAAUAACAAUGACAUAUUCUUUUGCAUAUUUAAUCACAUAAUUCAUGGCUGAAUGAUUAUAAAUGAUUAUUACAUACAAAAGUCAUGAUCAUUCACAAUCUUUCAAGAUUCUCAGAUAUUCAUUAUACAUGAUAAUAAAAUUCAAGAACAUAUUUUCAAAUAGUUACAAUAUGGAGGCAAUCCAGAUACAAUAGUUUAAAAAAUAAAAAACAUCAAUUUUGUUUUUCCUAGUAAGAGUUAAAUGUAAUGAUAAUUAUAUCAUGAAAACUGAUGAUAUAGUUCCUAUAUCAUUCAGUAGAAAGAUAGAUUCAUUACUUGCGACUGCAUAAACAAAUGUACUCGAGAAACGUUUUUAUUGACCGGUGAUGUAUAUAAACCACGAUUGUUCGAUGACGCGCCUGGUUCGAUAUUGAGACAUAUUAGGUGUUCCCCGGCAAAAAGAAAAACAAAAAUCUCCCAUUGAUCCCAUUUGGCGUAUCAUUACUGUAGGCUGUCAAAUAAAGCACACAGUGGGCAAACGCUUUGCGUAA